GCCUAAAUGCUCUUAGACCAAAAAAAAAAAGUCCCAAAGAGCAAGUAAAAACAACAACAUGAACACGGUCUUAAAGAAACGAUCGUGCUUUAAAACAAAAGUUAAGUCCUUACGACUAUUCGAAUCCAGGUCAUCGUUAUCUUCUUCUUUUUCUUUCCCUCCAAAAAAAUACGAUGUCUUUUUGAGCUUCAGAGGCGCAGAUACUCGCAAGAACUUCGUCAGUUUUCUGUACAAGGAGUUAGAGACCAAAGGAAUUCAAACUUUCAAAGACGACAAGGCACUGGUGCGUGGCCGUCCGAUUGCACCAGAGCUUGUCCAAGCCAUCCAAGGGACAAGAAUCGCCGUGGUGGUGGUCUCUCCGACUUACUCAGCUUCCUACUGGUGUCUUGAAGAGCUUGUUAAGAUUUUGAAACUCGAGAAAAAGGGUUUGCUUAUUGUGGUGCCGAUUUUCUACGAGGUUGAUCCUUGUCAAGUGAGGAGACAGAAGGGAGAAGUCGCGGAACAGUUCAAGAAACACAAGAAGAGAUAUAGCAGAGAAAGAGUCAGAUCUUGGAGGAAUGCGCUGACUAGGGUAACUAUUCUCUCCGGCGACUGUUCUAAAAACUGCAAAGAUGACGCUACGCUGGUUGAUGGAAUUACUAAGAGAAUUUCAGAGAUUUUGUCCACGGAAACACAAAGCAAUGGUAAUAACCUAAUUGGUUUCGACAAACACAUGAAGGAAUUGUAUCCGUUGUUGGAUCUAAAUUCAAACGAAGGUGUUCAAGUAAGUGGAAUUUGGGGAAGAGGAAGCAAUGGAAUAUCAGCACUCGCGAGAGGCGUUUACCAAGACAUCUCACCCAAAUUUGAAGCUCAUUGUUUUCUCGAAGACCUCAGAAGGAUCUCACUAGAUUGCCAAAAAUCUCAUCUACAAGAAGAGCUUCUUUCCAAGAUGGAAGGUCCCUGCUUGAGCACAAAGAGCUCUCGCAUGUGUUUUGACGCGAUCAAAGCAAGGCUAGGAAACAAGAAGGUUCUGCUUGUGGCUAACGACGUGGACAAGAUCGAAAAGUUAGAUGCGCUUGCUAACGAAUUUAGUUGGUUUGGUCCAGGGAGUAGAAUCAUCAUAGUCACACAAGAUAAGCAAUUACUUAGUUCAUGGGGUGUGAAGAGUGUCUACGAAGUUGAGCUCUUGAGAUGCUGUGAAGUUGGUAAGCUCUGGAGGUCUGAAGCCUUCAAGCAAAAACAAGAUCCUGAGAGUUUCGAGGGGUCCAUGAAUCUUCCUGGUAGUAAUCUCUUUUCGUCCCUUAAAUAUUUAAUGAAUUAUUUGAGUGAUGGAGAUCAGCUUAGGGAAAGAGUAAAUGAAAUAUUAUAUAGUCUUUAGAUUCAUUUGAUUAAAAGGGAAAAGUCAAAGCCUUUAUAGACACAACGUGCUUUAUCUUAAAGAUGUAACGCCAUCAUUUGGAUCUGGAUUUACCAGUUUUUAUGUAAAACUGUUCUUUUUUUUUCCACAAUGUAACUGUUCUUUAUUAUACACCAUUUUCUUGAA